AUGGCGGCGGGCGGCGGCGGCGGGGGGCGACCGCCGGGCCCCGACCCCGCGCUGGAGCCCUACGUGCAGACCCGCAUCUUCAAAAUCAUCGUGAUCGGAGACUCCAACGUGGGCAAGACGUGCCUGACCUUCCGCUUCUGCGGGGGCACCUUCCCCGGCAAGACCGAGGCCACCAUCGGCGUGGACUUCCGCGAGAAGACGGUGGAGAUCGAGGGGGAGCGCAUCAAGGUGCAGGUGUGGGACACGGCUGGCCAGGAGAGGUUUCGGAAGAGCAUGGUGGAGCACUACUACCGCAACGUGCACGCCGUGGUCUUCGUGUACGACGUGACCAAGAUGAGCUCCUUCACCAACCUCAAGACGUGGAUCGAGGAGUGCAACGGGCACGCCGUGCCCCCGCUCGUCCCCAGGGUGCUCGUGGGGAACAAGUGUGACUUGAAAGACCUGAUCCAGGUGCCAUCCAGCCUGGCCCUCAAGUUCGCCGACGCUCACAACAUGCUUUUGUUUGAGACCUCGGCCAAGGACCCGCAGGAGAGCCAGAACGUGGACGCGAUUUUCAUGUGCCUGGUGUGCCGGCUGAAGGCGCAGCGCUCGCUGCCCUGCCGGGACACGGAGGGCUGGCCGGCGCAGCCCCAGCCGCAGCCCCGGCGGCAGGAGGAGGCCGGCGGGAGAGGCUCCUGCCCGUGCUGAGCGGGACCGGCCCGGACCCCAAUAAAGGCUCUGACCCCUG